UUUCAAAUUGGGCGACUGGAAAUGAUGAUAUUGAUAAUUUAAUCCAAAAAUGUCAAAUGAUAGUUGAAUGGAUUCCAUAUAAUGAUUUACAAAAUAUUAAGUAUUUAACAAAAGGUGGCUUUUCUGAAAUUUAUACUGCAAAUUGGAUUAAUGGAUGUUAUAAUGGAUGGAAUUCUAAAAAACAACAAUUAAUAAGAUCUAGGGCUAUUAAGAUAAUACUUAAAAGUUUAGAAAAUGUUGAAAGUGCAAAUCAAAGUUGGUUUGAAGAG